UCAACUUAAAGGCACUGCUCACGAACUUUGUAUGAUCAUAUUUUGUGUUGAACGUAUUGCACAAGAUGGCGGCUUUUAUUAUAUCGGUGUUUCUCGCUACUCUUUCCAGCUGUCUGGCUGCAAAUAUUGUCAUGAUUCCCAUGUUUGGGAGAAGCCAUUACAUGUUUGUCUCCCGUCUUGGACAGGAACUGGCGGAGAGAGGUCAUCAGGUAAAGAUAUAUGUGGGAGCGACACAAAUGUAUGCUGUAAAUGAUUCACUUGUACGAGUCUUCAACGAUGACAAUUUUGCUCCAGCGUUCCGGUCAGCAUCAAAGAGUUCUCAAACCUUCAAAUCGCUAAGCCCAAGACAAACAUGGCAAAGGCUCCUAAUGUUCCAUUCUGUUUAUUGUGAUGACCUUCUCAGUAAUACAGAUGUCGUGGAAGAGAUAUCUCACGCUGAUAUCAUUGUUGGUGAAUUUAUUUACCUCUGCUCGUCUUUGGUCGCGGAUAAAUUCUCACUUCCACUUGUUCUAAUAUCAGCUGCCACAUUAGAUACUCCCACAGCAUUCGCCUUCGGCUUACCUGCCCCUCCUUCCUACAUACCACAGUAUGGAGUUUCUCUUUCAGACAAACUAACAUUUACAGAAAGAGCAUGGAGUCUUUUACAAUGGAUUAUUCUGUAUGGAUCUUACAUUUACGAUAUGUGUCCGCCUUAUGAGAAGAUCAAGGCAAAGUACGCCAUUACACCCAGCAAGAGCAUACAAGAAACACUUGGCAGAGUUGACUUGAUAAUCGGUCAGAUGGAUUUCUUUAUAGAGCAUCCAAGGCCUCUUUAUCCGAAUACACGUGUUGUGGGUCCAUUCCUUGCUAGUCCAGCUAAAUCUCUACCAGACGAGAUAGAUCAGUUCUUUCAGAAGGCUGGGGACGAGGGCGUGAUCUUGGUGUCGUUUGGUACAGUGGUUGGAGCGCUGAGUGAUUCAUCACUGAAAAUUAUGGCUGAAACUUUCUCCAAACUACCACAGAAGAUUAUAUGGAAACUUAAGCCCAAUGACAUUUCAAAAAUCACCGUCAGCGACAACAUCAAACUGUUGCCAUGGCUACCCCAGAAUGACAUUCUUGGCCACCCUAAGACACGCCUAUUUAUCGCACACGCAGGAAUCAAUGGAAUGCUAGAAUCAACCUACCAUGGUGUUCCUAUGAUAUGUUCACCUUUCUUCGGAGAUCAACCACACAACGCCCAGGCUGCAAAGCGGGCCGGGUUUGCUGAGGUGGUGGACCUUGAAGCCACAUCAACAGAGGAGUUUGUUAAUUUGAUACAGAAGGUUUUAACAGAUCCAAGCUACCGAGAGAAAGCAAAGCGAAUAUCAAAAUCUGUUCAGCUGUUGCCACGUUCACCCGUCAAGGAAGCCGCUGAUUGGGUGGAAUACACACAGGCUCAAGGUGAUUUACAGUACCUAAGACCACGUGGCGUGGAUCUGCCGCUUUAUAAGCUCUUCCUUCUUGAUGUUUUGUCCGUUGUGCUCUUAGUUUCAUUUGUUGUUUUUUUGGUCAUCAUUAUCAUAUUUACAUCUGUAAUACGGUGUUUAUCGGGGUCCCCAAGGAAAGAGAAGGUUAAUUGAAACAAGAUCGAGUUAAGAAUCGUUCGUUAUCCUUACUGGUAAACUACUUCUGAAGUAUGGUGACAGUUUGUAGCCUCUUCCGAACUCUUCUCUUGAAUAAUUGAGACCGAGUUUCUUACUUGAGGUACGUUGAUUUUCAUCUAACUCUUAAUUAUCUUUCCACCAUUGACAAUUACGAGCAUAUUUAAAGAAGUUUACGAGGUUUCGAAAAGAUCUGAUUCAACAGUUCAGGACGAAUUCUUUGUCAUCGCUCACGCCAUUUUGAUGUAAACUGUGUUGAAAUAAGUAUUGUCACUGCAUUGAGUCAAAGUUAAAAAGCGUUCACUAAUUUGUUACAUUUUAUGGUGAGCCCGCGCUGUCGAUUGUCAAAACUUGUGAUAACUGUGGAUGAAACACUUACUAUAAGAAGAAUCUCGGGCAAUUAUCUUCUACCUCUAAGGCUGCUGCACGCGUAUCCAAAAGAAUACUUCUUUCGUUGAAUUAUAUCAAUUUUAUUUGGAUACCUCAUUCAUCAUAAUUUCAUUUUUUGAUUCCUAACUCCAAAGCUUUAUUUACAUGGUCUCAGGUUCCCAAAACAACCCUCCCCUUCAAGACAACUUUAAGCAGCGUUCAUAUGGAAGUUGUGAGUGGUAACAGUUGUAGCCUCGCUAUUCUCUCUGGUGACAGCUGGGCAGGUUAUAUAUCAAAUAAAAUUUGAGCCGCCUCGUCUCGGGCAGGCGAGCCGAAGUGUUUAGAUGGGAAAAGGAUGACCCGAGGCGGGACAACUCGCCAUCCCGAGCUGUCUCACCCCAGAGACGAGUUCACCAUUUUCAUUUAGACAUUGGUUGAAUAUUUCAGAGAAAUAAAUGAAGAGAUAGCUCGACCAGGGUAACUCGGGGGAAGGGUUGUCUGGGGUAUUCAAGACCAUAUAAAUCACGUACCACAGUGAGGAGAACGUUGUUAUUUUGUUCCAUCCGGUUUGACCGGUUUUAGAAUGAUUUGGAUUCAUAUCUUAGUGAGUAAACACACCACCAGAAUCCUAAUUUCACCACAUUUCGAGUUGCGUGAGUUAAGUGAUAAAAAAGACAUUUGGAAAAAUAUAAAGCUUAUUCUAAGUUAAUUUAUACUUGUAUGUUUAUUUUGAGCAAAGUCUAAAAAGACUUAAAAGAUCAUUUUCUAAACCAAGAGUUACGAGUUACGCAAGUUUAGUCAUAAAAAAGGCAUUUAGAUGUGCACUCUGACUUAGUUAAAUCCUGUAAGUUUAGUCUACGCUAAGUCUAAAAACGUUGAAAGAGCAGUUCCUGAAUCAGGAUGGGACUAUUCAGCCUCGAGCUUUUAAUUUUAAUUUUACGAAAUAUGCACCUAAAGAAUUUCAGUAGAUUAGUUUUAACAACUCGUUUGAUGGCGGUUUAAAUGAGCUCUUUUUAAGUCACGAAAUUUUCUAGGUCAAAACCAGGUUGACCAGCAACAUGGGUGACCUCAAUCCUACAGUUCCGCGAAAACGGUCGUUCUUCGCUAAUGGAUGAAAAUCGAACUUAAUCUUUACGGGAUAACAUCUCAUUGUGACGCAGAUGCUGCUGAGUCAUAAUAAGAUGCUAAUGCUUUCCAUUUCCGGUCACUAGUUCAUUGCGUGUACAGACUUGCAGCGAAUACGAUGUCUCUUUUGAUCAUAGCGGACGCUUCCUCCAUCUUCUCUCCAAGCUUUGGAUCUCCGAUGAUGCGAGCGGCAUUUCUAACAUCACGACACGUCUCAUCUAAUCGCUGAAUGCAGCGAACAAU